AUGUCUAGCCGGAAUUAUUCAGGGGAGAGAGCGCCUCCACGAGGACCAGCACUGAAUUCUUACCGUGAUGAUAGGCAUAGAUCAGAUAGACAUCAUAAUCCCAGCGACAGGCACGUCGACGACGAGGAUUAUGAUUCUUCUCCUAGGGUGCACUCUUAUGACAGAGACAGCGGCACUAGGAGAAACGGAGAUGGAGCUGGUUGGGAUCGAGGAAUUCACUCUUUGGAGAAGACCAGAAUCAAUCGUCGCACGGAAGGAAGUCCACAUCAACAGCAGAGGCCAAAUUCUACCACGGUUUUAACUUCAACUAAUUCAAAUGAUAUGAUGGAAGUCCGUAAAAAUGCUCUCAUCAGCACUUCUGAAUCAGUUCCAGUCAAAGAACUAUCCAAGCCUGAACUUGUUGAUGCUUUAAUGCAUUUCGUCGAACACACUUCUUCUCGAGGCGUGCUGUAUCAAGAACGAAAUUCAGCGAAGAAAAAUCUGGAAGAUCAACUCGAGGAAAUCGAGAUCAUGGCUCCCACCAUGAGAAGUUUUCCUACACAUAUGAGCACACAAAGUAUACGAAAAACCGAGGCUGAAAAGAUCUUGAAGACGGCUGAAGAAGAGCUUGAUAAAGUCACGGUCUUAGUUAAAGAAGCAGCAGAAGUCAUUGCCUCUCAUAUAACCUUCAAAGCUACUCCUACCAUCGACAAUUCCGCACAGCCUCUCCAAAAGCGUUGUCUAGAUCUGGAAAACAAAGUAAAGGAACUUGAAAAACUUGUGGCCGCUGUGGAUCAAAAAGACAAAUCAUCCGAUAUCAAUGACUGUUUCCGAGAUGUUCAAGCCAAGCAUCACGAAGUCAUCAGAAAGAUACAGACUAGUGAGGCGCAGAUCAUCGGAAAGAUUCAAACCAGCGAGGCCAAGGUUUUGCGUGAAUACCAGAAUUUGUCUGAGAAGCAUACAAUGCUUGAGGGGCAGCAUCGAGCUACUCGAACCGACUUUGAUUCAACAAGAACCCGUCUGGAUAUUCAAAACGAAUCUGUAAAGAAGCAUGAAGCGAUGAUCAACAUCUCAAAGCAGGAGAUGGCUAUGCUUCAGCAGCAGAUUGGCGAAAGUUUUGUCAUCAUGAAAGCCAAAGACAACGAUAUUGAUCAACUUACAAACAAGGUCACGACCCUUCAGAAGUUGCUUGAUACCCACACGUCUUCUUUUGAGUCUUCCUUCAAUGACUUGAACCAAUCAAACCAUCUCGAAAGACUAAGCCAAUUAGAAAAUGCCAAAACAAGCGUUGUUGAACUUCAAAAUCAACACAAGACUGUCCUUCAGACCCUUGAAAAUUUUCAGGGGGAUCUAAGUACACUAAGGGAUAAGGUUGUUCAAUUCGAGAAAGCUCCUUCUCACACUCCAUCCACUCCGGCUCCUCAUGUCACACCAAAGCUAUCAAAUAUAUCAAGUGCAGCAAUGAUGGGGAUGAUGCAAACGAAAAUUCGCGACCAUGAGCGGGACAUUAAGCUUUUGCUAGAAAGAGAAAGACCUACGAAGGCCGAACGUCCUUCGGGAUCUGCCAGCCGUGCUCUUUCCCAGGAUAAUGCCUUAACUGGGGAGGAAUUGAUUGGCUCGAACAUCGAAUCUAGGCUAACUUCAUUGGAGGAUUCUUUGAAAGAAAUGCAUUUCCUCAGUACCAGUAAGACAGUGGCCAAGAUGUCACCUUUCUCUACUGCAGCACAAGAGCAUGUGGAAUUAAAGAGGGCUUUCGAGCUUUACAGAGGCGAGCGGAAUCAAAAAGACCAAGCAACAGAACAACAAGUUGAGGAGUUAAAGACUGAAAUACAAACAGUUCGAAGAAACAUGACUACACAAGAACAAAUCGAUGGUAUCAUGGAAAAAUUGGGCUUGGUUCCCACUAUCCAAGCUGGCAUGAAUGAAUUUCUACAAAAUCAAAACGGCCUCGCUCAAACGUUAAACCAGAUAGAAACUCGGUUCGAUAAUCGGCUCAAUAGUCUUGUCAACAGCCAAAAUGGCAACACCAUUGCCAUAACACAGCUUAACAAUCGAAUGGCUAAUAUAUCAAGCGCAGAUCUAGCGAAACAUAUGCUAGGCCAGCUAGAAACAUUCUAUCCCGAUGUCAGAAAGGCCGAAACAACUAUAUCGGAACUUAGAAAUCUGCUCUCGGAACACACAACCCAGGUCGAGAAGAUCAAGAGUCAAGUCACUGUCCUUGGAAACCAACCUGUUCGUAAGCAAUCUCCGGCACUUACAGGUAAUCGAGCCACAGAAUCUCUACGCCAAGAAGUGGACGCGUUGAGUAAAGACCAAAUUCUCCUCGAAGCAGCCACCAAAAACAAUCAGACGAAUCUUACUGCACUUGAAGAGGCUUCCACUACCAACAAGAAGGCUCUCAGCAGUUUGAUUAAAAAGGUCAAGGAACAGGAGAAAAAUUUGGAUGGGAUGUCUUCAGCUUUCUGUGAAGCCGUCGCCGAGUUGUCAGUCAAGGUAGAUGACCUUUUUCCAGAUAGUAACAGUAACACUAGUGGAUUAACUGGUGUUACCUCUACGCCCACACCGUCUAUUCUACCUCUAGCUCGACAAUAUUCAGCCCAGGAAACGGGGUUGAACGGCAAAAAGAGAAAAGUUGGCACGGGUUCAGAGUCUACAAAACCUGGAGCUUCUACCAAUGGGGUUGUUCAGAGCCCCGCGAGCAAGAGAGCGAAGAGAACCGAUGAUGACAACGAGGACCUCGAAUUGUUCCAAUAA